GAAAUUAUUCAAUGUGACGUCACAUAUGUUGUGAAGAUUUUGUUGAGUGGAGUGGGGAAUAUCAGUACAGGACAGUCAUGGAUUCAGAGGAUGAAACACUUUACGAUGAGGUGGACUCUGGAAAUGAAUCUAGUGGUGAUGAAGUUGAUUUUCCAAUGGAAGUUGAAGCUAAUAAUCCUAGAGAAAGACAAACUGACGACGAUUAUCCAUUCGAAGUUCUUUCUACUGAGGAAAUUGUUCAACAUAUGGUGGAUUCGAUAAAGGAAGUGAACAUGGUAGUCGAGAUUCCGGCAACUACAACUCGAAUUCUAUUGAACCACUUCCGGUGGGACAAAGAGAAGCUGAUGGAAAGAUUCUACGAUGGUGAUCAGGAGCAGUUAUUUGCCGAAGCCAGGGUCAUAAAUCCGUUCAGGAAUCCCCAAGUGAUAACCAGACCAAAGCCAAAUAGAAGACAAUCAACGCCAGGAACCGAGGAAUGCGAGAUCUGUUUCACUGUUCUCCCCGGUGCUUUGCUGACUGGCCUGGAGUGCGGCCACCGCUUCUGCACGGCCUGCUGGUGCGAGUACCUCACCACCAAGAUCAUGGAGGAGGGCGUCGGGCAGACGAUCGCCUGCGCCGCACACGGCUGCGACAUCCUUGUCGACGACGCAUCCGUCAUGCGACUUGUCAAGGACUCCAAGGUCAAGCUCAAGUACCAGCAUCUCAUCACCAACAGCUUUGUCGAGUGUAACCGCCUGUUACGCUGGUGUCCGUCGCCGGACUGCAGUAACGCGGUGCGCGUACACUAUGUGGAUGCACGACCGGUGCAGUGUCGGUGCCAGCACGUGUUCUGCUUCCAGUGCGGCGAGUCGUGGCACGAUCCGGUCAAGUGUCGGCUGCUGCGUCACUGGAUCAAGAAGUGCGAUGAUGACUCGGAAACGUCUAACUGGAUUGCGGCCAACACUAAGGAAUGCCCCAAGUGCAAUGUCACAAUAGAAAAAGAUGGCGGAUGUAACCAUAUGGUGUGUAAAAAUCAGAACUGUAAAACGGAAUUCUGCUGGGUGUGUCUUGGACCAUGGGAGCCUCAUGGAUCAUCAUGGUACAACUGCAACCGGUACGAUGAAGAAGAGGCGAAAGUGGCACGGGGAGCUCAGGAGAAGUCAAGAGCUGCGCUGCAGCGCUACCUGUUCUACUGCAACCGCUACAUGAACCACAUGCAGUCGCUCAAGUUCGAACACAAACUCUACGCCUCUGUCAAGGAGAAGAUGGAGGAGAUGCAGCAGCACAACAUGUCCUGGAUCGAGGUGCAAUUUCUAAAGAAAGCUGUUGAUAUUUUAUGCCAAUGUCGGCAAACGUUGAUGUACACUUAUGUGUUCGCCUACUACUUACGCAAGAACAAUCAGUCAGUGUUAUUUGAGGAUAACCAGAAAGACCUAGAAAGUGCUACCGAAAAGCUAUCUGAAUAUUUAGAACGAGAAAUAACAUCCGAAAAUUUGGCCGAUAUAAAGCAAAAAGUACAGGACAAGUACAGGUAUUGUGAGAGUAGACGUAAAGUGCUGUUGGAGCAUGUCCACGAAGGCUACGAGAAAGACUGGUGGGAUUACAAUGAGUCGGACUCGAAAAUCGUUGUGCGCCUUCCCGUCAUUGAUAAGCCUUCCAUUUUGAAUUAAUCGUUCCAAUUAUUAUCAAGCCAGUAACUCCAUGAUCAUAUAAUUUUACUUAUGCAAACACACAUACACACAUUUCACUCAUGAAAACACGUUGUUACUACUGAAAAAAAAACUCCUACUAAUCUAUCUUUUCGAAUUUUUGCUAAAUAAAAUGGUUGAUUGUGAUGGCUAUGAUGAUUAUUAUAAUUAUUCGAUAGAGAAUGAAUGAACAAUAUUAUAGAAUAUACGUCAGAUAUGAGUAUAAAUAUAUAUUUAUUAUUUAUAAUUAAUUGAGAGAACGAAUAUUGUAUGAUAUUAGUGUCGGUAAUAAUUUCGAAGAAUGUUGUAGAUAAAAAUUGAUAAAAAAUAUAUAUUAUUUAGAUUAAUAGUUAAUGGCUGCGAUAGUUUUAUAAAGUGUUCUAUGAUGGAAAUUGUUUGAUUGAAUGCGACUAAAUUAUUUGUCGAGUUAUGCCACUAAAGCUUCGUUUACACCAUAACUGUUAACAAAAUGUUGAUAACUUAAUCCUUAUACAGUAGAUUCUAUUAGAUUGAACGAAACUUGACAAACACAUAUGUUCAUCAUGUGUAUGAUAAGUUUUGUUCAAUAUAAUAGAAUCUAUAAGGAUUAAGCUAUUAACUUUGGUGUAAACUCAGUUUACCUCCGUAAACAAAGCCGUAGUGCAUUCUGGUGACGUCACCACAGGUAGGGUUUCUACACCAAUAAAACCAUUAGCUGAUAUAGAUCAGCUGAAUUCAACAAAAGUGAGUUAGUGUUUAUAUUGGUGUAGGAGGUGGUGAGUAGCCCUACCUGUGCUGACGUCACCAGAAUUGCUUUGUUUACGGAGCUAGUGGUUAUGCGUGCUUUGGAGAGGGAUCUGGAAUCCUAUGCAAGGUAGUAAGGAAUUUCCAUUAAACUCUACAGUUUAAUUUUCUCCUAUUUUUUUUUUAUUUGCUCCUAGAUAUAAGACGUUUUUGUUUUAUAGUAGUUUUAUUUUUCUAAAUUUCAAGACUAAAUAUUUAUCUUUGCUAGAAAUUGAUCAGAUAAACUUCUUCGUUAUAUUGUGAUGUCUACCUGUAAUAUAAUUUCAAAAAUCUAUUUUUUUUCAAAAUCAUCCCAUUUUCACGGAAAUUUAAAAUUUUUGCUUUCUAGACAUCUUGCUAGAUCAUCCAAAUAACUAUAACUAAUUUUCAACAUUUUACAAAAAAAUAUGCAUCAACAUUUUAAAAUCAAUCGUCCAUGAAAAAACUUCAAACUACUGAAACUACUUGUUUUUAAAAUAUUUUUUGGUACUAAUCAUUCUCUGUUUUACAAUCUACUUGAAAUCGAUUUGGAAAUACUUUGAACUUGUUGUGUGAAAAUCAUAUCAAUGUAUGAUAUAAUCAUUUUUAUCCCUAAAUUAUGCAAAUUUGCAAAUAUAAAUAUAUUAUAUUUAUUUGGUUGUAAACUGUAAAAUUGACGAUAUUUUGUCCAGGUUUUGGUUUAUAAUAUAUAUAUAAAAAAUAGUACCAUAAUUUAUUAUUUAAAAAUAUACCAUAAAAUCACUAUGGAGUUCGCAGUUGUUUUUGUUAAUGAAUCUUGUACAAAGGUGUAAUUAAUAUUUUGAAUAAGAACAAAUAAUGUGGAAACUUGAUUAUGUAAGUAAGGCACUUGUAGAAUAGCUAUAGUGAGGUCCACGUUAUAAUGGAAGUGUUUGAUUAGCAAUGGUAUUGCUAUCCUUGUCUAUCAUUCAACAAAGUGGAUAGCGCUAUCUUUGCUCUGUUGCCAGAUCGUCUUUUAACAAUGUAGAAUUAAUAAUUAACAAAAUAUUCCAUCUUAAUUAUGAAAUUAUUGAAAAUAUAGUCUCUUGCUUAAUAAAAGAUGAUUUAUUAUUUUUAAACGAGAAACCUGUAUCAGCUACCGUCUAUAGAAGGCAUUGACAAGAUGGUGGAUCGUCAACGUAGUUCUCCAUCCUUCUCCACUGCUAUUAUAACGUGGACCUCACUAUAGGCCUGGAAGCUUCCAUGAUGCUGUAAUAUAACUAUCUUCUUUUUUAUAUUAGCAAUAUUCUAUGGAAGAAUCUCUUGAACAUUUCUUCUAUGCAUGAGCCUUCAA